UCAAUAUUUCAUUUUCGAUAUCAAUCGUUAUUUGUUAUUUCAUACAUACAUUUUAAAGCUGCGAGUCCUUUUUAAAAAUUUUAGUUAAGACCCUACAAAAAGUUCUUAAAAGUUAAGAAAAUGUUGCAACGUCUAAUAAAACCCGUUCAAAAUUCAAAUUUUUCGCGUUUUUCAAACAAAUUAUGGCUUUCAAAACCAAGAUCCAAGGUUCGAUACUCGACUAAGUCUGAAGAAGCAAGAGCUCCUGUGAAAGGUUUAGUGCUAGGAUUGUAUGAAAAAGAAGGUGAAAAGCCUCCAAAGCUGACUCCCAUUGCCGAGAAGUUCGAUGAUAAGACACAUGGCAAGAUAAUGGAAUUGAUUCAGGAAACAAAUAUCAGCGGAGUUCUGGGGAAAGGCAAAGUAUUCCAAAAAGUCGAUCCUGAAUUUCAUUCAAUAGCUGUUAUUGGACUUGGUCAGGAGGGUGCUGAAUAUGACAGUACUGAAGUCAUCGAAGAAGGUAUGGAAAAUGCUAGAGUUUGCGCUGGAAUAGGUGCUAGAGAGCUUCAGCUCCUUGGUUGUACUGAAGUUCAUGUUGAUGCUAUGGAAUACCCCGAGCAAGCAGCCGAAGGUGCUGCUAUUGCAACAUUUCGCUACCAAGACAAUAAACAGAAAAGCAAGCGAAUGAUAACACCACAGUUGUGUCUAUUCGAAUCACCUGAUAUUGAUGCAUGGACACGAGGCCUGUUCAAAGCUGAAGCUCAGAAUUUAGCACGCAAGCUUACUGAUAGCCCAGCAAAUUUAAUGACACCAACUGCAUUUGCUCAGGCAGCAGUCGAUGCUCUUUGUCCUUGUGGAGUUACUGUCGAAGUAAGGACUAUCAAUUGGAUCGAAGCAAAUCACUUGAAUUCGUUUCUAAUGGUUGCUAAGGGCUCAUGUGAACCUCCAGUGUUCCUUGAAAUCAGCUAUUGUGGUACUUCACCCGAAGAUAAGCCAGUUAUGAUAGUUGGCAAGGGAAUUACUUUCGAUAGUGGUGGCCUUUCAUUACGAGACAAGCCAAUGAAUCAUUAUAGAUCCUCAAUGGCUGGAGCAGCUGUAGUUGUCGCUGCAAUUCGUGCAGCUGCAGCUUUAUCACUGCCAGUCAAUAUUGCAGCUAUCAUUCCACUUUGUGAAAAUAUGCCUUCUGGAUUGUGCUGCAAACCAGGAGAUGUCAUAACUUGUCUUAAUGACAAGACGCUAGCAAUUGAGGAAUGUGACAGAAUUGGAGUUAUUGCUAUGGCUGACCCUUUGAUCUAUGGACAAAACACUCAUAAGCCCCGUUUAGUUUUGGAUGUGGGCAACAUGGCAGGUGGAGUGAAAAGUGCCUUUGCUGGAGCAGCUUGUGGGGUAUUUUCGAAUUCGAAUGAAAUCUGGGAGGGUUUUAAGAAGGCUGGCAUUUUGACUGGAGAUCGAAUGUGGAGAAUGCCAUUAUGGAACUAUUACAAGAAAUUGGUAGCACAACAUACCGCCUUCGAUAUAAGCAACAAGGGUUGGGGACCAGCUUCAUCUUGCAUUGCUGCAGCUGUUUUACAUCAAUUUGUACCAUGUAUCGAUUGGGCACAUUUGGAUAUUACCGGAGUUGGAAUGUUGGCUGAAGAAGGAUGUGUUCCUUACUUAUUACCCCAUCGUAUGACAGGACGUCCAACACGUACGUUGAUUCAGUUCUUGUAUCAAAUUGCAUGUCCUGAAGAAAGCAAACACAAUCCUCAGUGAAAAUAUAUUUUUUAUGUGGAAUUUA